AUGGAUAACAGUAAUGCAAUAGCACAAUCAACGAUGUGCAUGCAUUUGGGAGCCGUACAUGAUGAUGCAGGAUUUUUAUUAUAUAAUGAUAUUAAAUUAAUUUAUCCCUUUAAACCCUCACGAAAAAAAAAAAUGUCGAUUAGAUAUUUUGAAGAAUUACUAAAAGAUUUUGAAAAAUUACGUUCUAGCGGAGAUAAUUACGAUGUAAUUAUUGAAGCUGGGGAGAACGUAAAUAUAAAACAAUUUCAUGCGCACUCCUUGAUCUUAACCCUUAGAUCGACCUAUUUUAAAACCGCGUUAUCAAACGGUUGGGCGCAUAAAGUAAACGGAAAGAUUAUUUUUAAAAAACCGAAUAUAAAUCCCGACGUCAUGGAGAUAUUAUUGAAGUAUAUCUAUACUGGAAUUAUUGAUUUAGAUAAUCUCAGUGGAUUAAAAGUAUUGAACCUUCUAAUAGCAACAGACGAAUUAGAUUUCAGAAUAAGCGAUCGUAUUAUAAAAUAUUACGAUUUUGAAAGUAAAUCUUUUAUAAAAGAAGAUCCGUAUGAAGUUCUGCAUAUUGUAUUUCAUCUAAACGAUCCAUUCACUUCUCUAAAAGACGUUUGUUUGCAUUCAAUAUGUGAAAACUCUGAGAUGUUUUUUAAAUUGCCAAAAUUUUUAACAGUGGAUAAGCCAAUUUUAAAAUACCUUCUUCAAAGAGACGAUCUUGUAAUAAAAGAAUAUAUCAUUUUGGAUUUUUUAUUGGAGUGGGGAAUGGCUCAAAUGUCGAAUACUGUUAAUAUUAAUAAUAUUUCAAAUUGGACUACAAAUGAUUAUAACAAGAUGCGGGAAAUUCUUCAAGAGCUUCUUCCGCUAAUUAGAUGGUUUCAAAUUCCUUCGGCGUUGUUUCAUAAUAACAGACAGCUUUAUAAAAUGAUUCUUCCAGAGGCUCUUUUUGAUGAUAUAAUUAAUUUUUAUAAUAAUCCAAGGAUAAUACCAAAUUCGUCGAAUUCGGGUAUCAUUGCAAGAUGUUUACCCAAAAAGUCCGAUUCAACCAAUAAUAGCUAUGGUCCUGUUUUUGGUAAUCGAGAUUUAGCAAUUAAAAAUAACGUCAUUAUAAGUGAAGGUUUUAAUUCAUAUCCUGAAGCAAAACCCUUUGUAAAUUCUCAACAAGAAUUAUUUAUUGAAGAUUAUGAAGUUUUUAAGGUCGAUAAUUUAAUGUAA